AUGCUGGCCGCUCGCCCACCCAACUGGGGGCCCCAUCGCGCUCCAGCCCCCCGUGGGCGCGCCAGCCCUGACCCGGGUCUCAGCGGCGGUGGCAGCCGAGGUGCAGGAUGCGAGAAGGCGCCCCCCGGCCGGGCUCCCGCUCCAGGCCUCGCUCCCCUGCGGCCCUCUGAGCCCACCAUGGCUGUCCCACCAGGCCAUGGUCCCUUCUCUGGCUUCCCGGGGCCCCAGGAGCACACGCAGGUGCUGCCGGAAGUACGGCUCCUGCCACGGAGGCUGCCCCUGGCCUUCCGAGACGCGACCUCGGCCCCGCUGCGUAAGCUCUCCGUGGACCUCAUCAAGACCUACAAGCACAUCAAUGAGGUGUACUAUGCGAAGAAGAAGCGGCGGGCCCAGCAGGCGCCACCUCAGGACUCGAGCACCAAGAAGGAGAAAAAGGUCCUGAACCACGGUUAUGACGAUGACAACCACGACUACAUCGUGCGCAGCGGCGAGCGCUGGCUGGAGCGCUAUGAGAUUGACUCGCUCAUUGGCAAAGGCUCCUUUGGCCAGGUGGUGAAGGCCUAUGACCAUCAGACCCAGGAGCUGGUGGCCAUUAAGAUCAUCAAGAACAAGAAAGCCUUCCUGAACCAGGCCCAGAUUGAGCUGCGGCUGCUGGAGCUGAUGAACCAGCAUGACACAGAGAUGAAGUACUACAUAGUGCACCUGAAGCGGCACUUCAUGUUCCGGAACCACCUGUGCCUGGUGUUCGAGCUGCUCUCCUACAACCUGUACGACCUCCUGCGCAACACGCACUUCCGCGGCGUCUCGCUCAACCUGACGCGGAAGCUGGCGCAGCAGCUCUGCACGGCGCUGCUCUUCCUGGCCACGCCCGAGCUCAGCAUCAUUCACUGCGACCUCAAGCCCGAGAACAUCCUGCUCUGCAACCCCAAGCGCAGUGCCAUCAAGAUCGUGGACUUCGGCAGCUCCUGCCAGCUCGGCCAGCGGAUCUACCAGUACAUCCAGAGCCGUUUCUACCGUUCGCCCGAGGUGCUCCUGGGCACUCCCUACGACCUGGCCAUUGACAUGUGGUCCCUGGGCUGCAUCCUGGUGGAGAUGCACACUGGAGAGCCCCUCUUCAGUGGCUCCAAUGAGGUGGACCAGAUGAACCGGAUCGUGGAGGUGCUGGGCAUCCCACCAGCCCCCAUGCUGGACCAGGCGCCCAAGGCUCGAAAGUACUUCGAGCGGCUGCCUGGGGGAGGCUGGACCCUACGAAGGACAAAGGAACUCAGGAAGGAUUACCAGGGCCCCGGGACACGGCGGCUGCAGGAGGUGCUGGGCGUGCAGACGGGCGGGCCCGGGGGCCGGCGGGCGGGGGAGCCGGGCCACAGCCCCGCCGACUACCUCCGCUUCCAGGACCUGGUGCUGCGCAUGCUGGAGUAUGAGCCCGCCGCCCGCAUCAGCCCGCUGGGGGCGCUGCAGCACGGCUUCUUCCGCCGCACGGCUGAUGAGGCCACCAACACGGGCCCGGCGGGCAGCAGUGCCUCCACCUCGCCCGCACCCCUCGACACCUGCCCCUCCUCCAGCACCGCCAGCUCCAUCUCCAGCUCCGGAGGCUCCAGUGGCUCCUCCAGUGACAACAGGACCUACCGCUAUAGCAACCGAUAUUGUGGGGGCCCUGGGCCCCCCAUCACUGACUGUGAGAUGAAUAGCCCCCAGGUCCCGCCCUCCCAGCCGCUGCGCCCCUGGGCCGGGGGGGAUGUGCCCCACAAGACACAUCAGGCCCCUGCCUCUGCCUCGUCACUGCCGGGGGCUGGAGCCCAGUUACCCCCCCAACCCCGAUGCCUUGGUCGUCCCCCAUCACCAACCUCACCACCACCCCCGGAGCUGAUGGAUGUGAGCCUGGUGGGCGGGCCCCCAGACUGCUCCCCACCUCACCCGGCACCCGCCCCCCAGCACCCGGCUGCCUCAGCCCUCCGGACUCGGAUGACGGGGGGCCGUCCACCCCUCCCACCCCCCGAUGACCCUGCCACCCUGGGGCCUCGCUUGGGCCUCCGUGGUGUACCCCAGAGCACGGCAGCCAGCUCAUGA